AUGAAGGACGUACAGCAAGUGCAGCUCCCUAGGCUCAGCACUUGCACACUUGCCACCGAGCUCAACGAGUGGGAGUCGGAGUUGCACGCCACGCUGCAUCGACUCGCGUCGAUGGUGGCGCAGCUGGAGAGCGAGAGGGACGACGCUGAGUCCUCGGAGGAACGCCCGUACGCUAACCGCAGCCUUCGUACCGAGUCUCGGCGCGCACUCCUUGCGGCCCAUCGUGCUACGCUGUCGCAGCAGGCCACCGUGGCACGCGCUGCGCUGCUCGGGCGUCCUGCAGAGCGGGAGGCGCGCGUGCCCACGGACCGUGCGCACACCACGUCGGACCAGCUGACGACGGCGCUCCAGCGUACCGUUGCGCUCAUGUCGGGCGAGCUCGAAAAGUCGGGCUACUCGGCCCAGCUCCUGGAAGAGUCGUCCGACACGAUCGCACAAGUGUCGCAGCGGUACACAUCUUUUAAUGAGCUACUGCGCAACUCGAUUUCGCUCGUCCGCCAGAUGGAGCGUGCGGAGCUCAUGGAUUUGGGCAUGCUCGUCGGAUCGAUGGCCUUCUUUGCGGCCUGCGUCUUGUAUAUUCUAUACGUCCGCGUCCUGUCCAAGGGACUGUGGGCUCUUGGGCUGACAUGGAAGGCCACAGGGUACGUGGGCUCCGGUGCUUUGGGCGGUGUGUCGUCGCUGGCUGCGAUGGUAUCAUCAGCUGCCCAUCCGACUGUUCAGCCGCCCCAGCCUGUUCGUGAUGCGCUCGAGGACUGGAUGCCUCGGGGGUACCGCGAUGAAGAUGUCGUAUACGAGGAUCCACGUGUUGAGACUCGGUGCGAAUCUGGCCCGGCGGCGACUGGCACAAUCGUGUCGAGCGCCGCACCUAGCUUUGCUACGCAUGAAUCGAGCACUACAACGGACGAGUUUGACACCAUGGCUAAGGCUGACGUGCAGCCUGAGACGGUGGCGGGCGAGCCUACACAGAGCGUGGCACCCUUGCCGGAUUUGCCCGAGCCCACUGCGACGAGCCCUGCGGACGAUGUGCCGUCUGAAGUCGCUUCCUCGAAGAUGCCGACUCUAGCGAUAUUGAAUGACGCGACGAGUAUGGCUGAGCCGACGAGCAAGGCUGAGCCGACGAGCAAGGCUGAGCCGACGAGCAAGGCUGAGCCGANCGAGCACGGCUGA